AAUAAUCAAAGAGUGGUCGCGUCUAGUCCAAGUGAGCCGCGAGAGCAUUGCACUCCUGUCAUUUUCGUAUCCGACAGCCUUCUUCCACAAGAGGAGACUCCAAAGAAGGGGUUUUCCGUUGAAAAAAACCCCGUGAAAGCGGUAGCUAUGAAGUUCAUCCUCGUUCUGACAGUGCUCGUCUUCUGUCUCCUCACGAUUGAGGCGAAGAGAAAGAGGAAAUUUGACAGUGACUUCGAGUUUGCAGAAGAGGAUGAAACAAAACCUACGAAAUCCAUGGAGAAAAAAAGGUGGAUACAUGAUCCUUCAAGUGAUUUAUGUAGACCACUAAACUGUAAGAAGAAAGAAAUAUGCCUGUUAGAAGAUUCAUUCACAGCAGUUUGUGUGUCCAGAAAAGAACUCAAGAAGAAUGGUGACAUCGUAGUUCCCAAGUUGACACAGAAGAAGGAAGAAUCAGUCGAUGAAGACGACGAUGACGAAGAAGAUGAGGAUGACGUAUUCUAUGAUUCGGAUGGCGACCAAGAAUCCAACAGUGAGAAUCUGAGCGAUUCUGUUGUAUGUAAACCCUGUCCAGUUGUCAAACCAACCUUCUUGUGCGGUUCAGACAAUAGGACGUACAGCUCCCUCUGCAGGCUCGACUAUCAUAACUGCAUCCAUCACACCGGCAUCAAAUUAGACUGUAAGGGUUUCUGCCCUUGUAAAGAAAACAAUUCACAUCUUAGGAAAAAACAGCGACAAUCAGACCGUCUCAAUUCUUUCAUGAGCAAGUACAAAGCAACCCUUGAUAAAACAGGAACAGCUAGUGGAGCACUUGGUGGAAAAACCUCACAAUCGAAGUCUGACGUGUAUACUUUCACACCACAAGAUUUCAAGUACGAGAACAAGCACUACAAGUAUAUAAAAUACACCAAAUUCAACAAGGAAAGCAACGACAUCCCAUACACCGAGGACAAGGACAGAUUGAGGGGUUACAACGAGGUAUUGGACAACAAAAUAUCCAAUAAUGAUGUAGAUCCAAUCAUGUCUGGCAAACAAUGUUCUCCCAUAGCUCUUCAAACAAUGGGCAACCGAAUGUUAGAUUGGUUCUCUGUGGUUAUGGCAGAUUCCACGAAGAGGAGGAGGUCCAAGAACAAAUCGAAAGCCCAUUUCCCUCAAACGUGCAAAGGAGAGGUGCGAUGGAUGUUCCAGCACUUAGACAUCAGUGGUGACUCCGAAUUGUCCCUCCAAGAACUGUACGAUCUGGAGCACGACCAGAGUGAGGUAUGCCUUAGGCCUUUCUUGCAACAGUGCGAUGUGGACAAUGAUGAGGUAGUCAGUCCAUUCGAAUGGUGUCGGUGUUUCCAGAGAACUGAGAGGCCUUGCGCAGCUGUCAAACGUAAACUGACACCGGACUUGAUAGAUGUUUAUGUCCCUGAAUGCGACAGCCAAGGCUAUUACAGGUCAAUCCAAUGCCACAGUGCCAUUGGUAUGUGUUGGUGCGUGGACAAACAUGGCGUAGAGUUUGCCAAUACUCGUACAACGUCAAAACCUAAUUGUGAUAAACUUGUCAACAAAUCCCCUCACAACAUCCCCAAACAACUCAGCACCAACUCCAUCGCGGGGUCCGACGAUGAGGAUAGCGAAGACGACGUAGAUCAAGAAGUAGAAGGAAGUGCAGAUCGUCCCCAGGACUAUUAAUAGAAACUGACAACUAGAUGCUUGAAUCUCGCCAUCCUAUAUAUAUUUAUAUAUAUAAAUAUACAUAUACACACUCUUAUUGCCUGUUACCCUACUCGAAAGAUUUUUUAACGUACCAAAAGACUUUUCACACCCCCCUCCCCGAUUUCCAUUUUUCAGAUCUAUAAAUCAAUGUAAUAUAAGGUUUGUAUUUUAAUUUUUUUCGUUCCAGUGUAAAUUGCCUACCGUAGGCAGGUAGGUCAGAUGUGUAGUAGGCAAUAUCGUGUUGUAGUAUAUAGCAGGUCCUCUAGUUAUUCAGCCUUCGAUUUUUGUGGUGCACUGCAACAUCUCUUUACUCUUUUCUAUCCAUCGGUUUAAUUCACAUUUUCAUCUCAAUUUUUUGUCGUCAGUUUGAUAAAUUAUAAGCAAAUUUUUUUGUUUGCUUAUAAAAUAUUAGUGGAGUAGAAUCAUUUCUCUCCAUUUACUCCUAUAUUCUAUUGAGAGUUGAUGAAUUUUGCGCAAGUGCUGUCGUCAUUUGUAGGAAUUAUAAGCAAGUGCACAUAUUUGCUUAUAACGUUUUCUGCUCAGUAAAAUUAUCUUUCUCUUCUUCUAUUUUAAGUCUAGGAAUUUCAAGCAAUUGCUGUCCUAAUUUUCAGCAAUUUCUAUUAAAUGCUUAUAAUUUAUUCACCAUUUUUCACUUAUAAAUACUAUGAGCAUUCACUUCAUUUCAUCAAUUUCAAACACCAGAAUAAAUAAAUUAUUAUUUUCAUCAGUGGCCAUUUUUAUCGAAUGUUCUUACGACUAGAGCGGACUUGCUCUAUAACAUGCUUCAUAAUAAUUUAAGUAUAAACUUACUAGCAGUUAUCUAAACAUUCUAAACUACGGUUUUUAUUAAUUUUAUAAUCGACAAGGUAUAGACUGUAAUUUAGUUGAUUUUGAAAUAGUUUAUUUUUGUAAAUAUCUUUCUUUAACUGUAAGUAAUCCCUUCUAACGUUCAACUUUUGUUUGUUCUUGGUGAUUUUUCGUUUUACUAUAAAAUGUAAUUCGAACAAGAUGCAAUUCUGUAAUAAUUUGUAUUGACUGUUUCUUUAUGAGGGAAAAUAUUUUUUUCCGUGGAUGUCUCGAAUUUUUUGAACAGUAUUUAUCUCUUAGAAUAUUCAAAAGCUUCAUGUUUGUAACGUCUCCCAAAAACAAGUAUUUAUGUGUUAGGUGAAUAUAUCCGUUGUUACACUUAGAGAUUAUUUAUGUGAUUUUUGACGUGUCUAUUGAUUGUUUUUAAAGAUUAAUAUGAAGAAAAACAUUAUUUUAUAUCUAGUUGUAGAAUAUUUAUAUUUACAUGAAUAAUACUCCAUUGAAUAAUUAUUCGAUUAGUAAUAUGUCUGUACAUAAAAAAUUCCUACUUUGAAUAAGAAGAUACUGAUAGAAUUUCGUGCAUUGAAAAAGUAAAAACAUUGAAAAAUUUUCACGAAAAAACAAAACGUUUGUUAUGUUCCCUACCUUAUGGAUGUUUCAAUCGAACAACUAAAUCAGAUACUUCGUUUAUGGUUUUCAACUUAUUCAAUAAAAUUCAAACAUAGA